AUGUCCAUAUUUGUGAUGUCGGAUCCCCACAACCUCAAGUUUAUUGGCUCAAUUCUGGAGGAAAUGUUAGAAAAUGUUCCUCGUGACAAUGCUAAUGUCAAAGUUCUAAAGAAAGCGAAGAAGCCGACAAAGAAACUGAGAUCUCCAUCCCCGGUACUUCAGGAAGAAUCGGAAUCAAGAACUAUUAUUGGAGUUGAAGAGGAUGAUACAAUCAUACAUGAGGAAGAGGAUACUGCAACAACUUUGGAACCAACCCCUACAGAACCGAUUCCGAAUGUAUCUUCUCCACCAUCCUCCAUUGUUCCAACUUUUGACAGUUUUGGGAAAAUUCGGAAAGAACCAUUUCUGAACUUAUCUAUUGCUCCACAAUCACCACCUAUUAUUCCACCAAAUUCACCCAUGCCAUCCUCACCCACUACAUCCACAAUUUUAUCCUAUUCAUUGCUCCUCUACCACCAAUGA